AUGCCCAAGUAUGCCAAGUUUCUGAAGGAUAUCUUAUCCAACAAAAAGAAACUUGAGGAGCUUUCGCAGGUGACCUUGAAUGAGGAGUGUUCAGUGGUUCUUCAGAACAAAGUACCUAAGAAGAUGAAUGAUCCUGGGAGUUUCACUAUCCCAUGUUUGAUUGGUAGUUUUUCGGUCAGCAAUGCAUUAGCUGAUAUUGGAGCUAGCAUAAACCUCAUGCCAUAUGCGGUUUUUGCUAAGCUAGACUUGGGAGAGCCCAAGCCGACUCCUAUGAGCAUUCAGCAAACCGACCAUUCAGUGAAGUACCCUUGA